AAAUAAUUAGCAGUAGUCCUUCGGUUUUUUUUUUUGAGUAAAAAUCGAAAUGCGAAGAAGCAAUUCGAUGCGUUUGCUUUUAGACUGGCUUGGGGUGGAAAUUGAAUGAGUUCAAGUGCCGGAUGAAAAUGAAAUUGAGUUGCGUCAACGAUUUAAAAUUAAGCCAUUUGUUGGGAUUAUUGUUGUGGACAGUGUCACGUGCUCAGCACAACUGGGCUUUUUUGGUAAGGAUCCAAAAUAUCUCGGAAUGCGAAGAUUCCGACGAAGAUUUGGGAUUUUUGGACUCGACAGUGACGAACAAUCCUCGUCACGAUCAAAUUUUCAGCGCAGCUUUCAACUUGCCUUUCGAAUUGAAUGACGACGCAUUGAUACAUUAUACUUCGUAUGUGUGGAACCCCGUGGAGAGAGAAUGGGAAUUUUUAUUCAGUGGUAGGCGUUCCGUUUGCAACUCCAUCGUAAAGUCGAUAGCUUACGAAAAGUUUAGGAGCUACGCCGGGUUUCCAGCAACUUGUCCCAUAUCCGAGGGCAAUUACGCACUAAGUGGGUUCCCAGUCACUGGACAGUACGUCGUAUUGAGCGAUUUAAGAAAGGUGUACCCCCUGACUCGGCACAGGGUUAGACUGACUGUAGAAAAUUUACAAAUUAUAUGUAGAGUCGUCUACACCAUGUCUAGUAGCUAGUAGUAAUUUGCACUUAACGCAACAAGUCUCGAAACUGUCCAACACUCUCCGAAGGUAGUGCUAGUGGAAUCUAGUGUAAGUGUGCUAGUUUUGAGUAGUAAUAUUGAACGUACGCCGUGUGCCAAAUAAAACGAGCCAUUUAGCUUAUACAGGGUGUCCCAAAUAGGUGGUGUCGUUUUGGAGAAUUUAAUUAUCAAAAUCUCAAGAUUUUCAAAUGGAACUCCCUAUACUUUUAUUCAGAUAUGAAUUCUAGGACAAAAAAACAAGGUAAGUUGGUAAUUUAUCUUAUAUUUAAAUUUUACAUAGUUUUUGAGAUAUUCGAGGUUUAAGAUAACACCCGUAUAAAUUCGUGUUGAAUUUAAAUUCAAUUCAACACAUUACAUCACUUGUUGGGCAAUAUUAGGUAUUUUUAAAUAGCAAAGACGCGAUACUACUUCUUUUAAAGAUCUUGUGAUGUCAUAGCCAACUACAUUUUUAAAUAUUUUGACAUUUGUUUAUUGUUUUGAUGCCAGAUGAAACGAGCAUUUUAAGAGGAACAUUUUUAAUUAAACUUUAUGGACGGAAAUAACGGACAAUUUUUAGUUAACUUUUUUUUGUAGAUUUAUUUAUUCAAAUUUGUUACCUUGGUUAGUUAGCUUAUAAAGUUUAAUUACUUAUUUUUGUUAUUUGGUAUUUUCAAUUAAUUAAACGUUUCUUUAAAUAUGAAUUCUGAAGUUUUAUUAAAUCUGUAUUGUUAGCAAUAGGUUUUAUUCGUAUAUCUCGAGUAUUAUAUAUUUAAAACAAGUAGGAUCAUGUCUUUGCUAUUUAAAAAAUACCUAAUAUUGCCAAAGAGUGACCUAAUGUGGUUAGCUUUAAAUUCAACAAGAAUUUAUACGGGUGUUAUCUUAAACCUCGAAUAUCUCAAAAAGUAAGAAAAAUUGAAAUAUAAGAUAAAUUACAAACCUACCUUAUUUUUGAGCCUAGGAUUCAUAUCUGAAUAAAAAUAUAUUGAGUUCCAUUUGAAAAUUUUGAGAUUUGGGACACCCCGUAUAAGCUGAUAACCUGAUUAAGUAAAGCAUCUUCUCCUUAGUCUGUGGUUAAAUUUUCGUUGCAAUAUCUUACAAUUACAAUUUUAUACCGGGCAAUCAAAAUAUGAAAAAAAAAAAAACAAUAACCCCAAUUUCUGCCUAAACUAUGCAAAAUUCGAGUAGGAAUUCCUUGAGAAACUGACCUUUAUUUUGCCCAAGGAUUCCGAAAAUGUCGAUAAAUACAGGGUGUUCCAAUUAAAAUAACAAAGUUUAUGUCGGUGGGGACACUUUUGGAACACCCCGUAUUAACAAAAUUAGAAUGUUUUAAAUCUUCAGGAGAGUUCAAGAAAGUUUUGUACGAAACUUUUUUUCGUAUCUCCUAUGGGUCUCCAGAUCGUAUAGUGGGUCGUUUUAUCUGGCACACGGUGUAUAACUAUUUUGUAUUUCAAAGUUAUUUGGAAUUGUUUUAAUUAUAAUGAGCUUGUUUUUCAAUAUAAGUGCGUUUGAACUGUCUGCCUAUCUCAUGUUGUAAGCUAUAUCAUAUCAAUCUUAGUCCGUACAUAAUCCUCAAGACUCAGCAACUUGAGAUGAGCUCCAACCAUCACGUCGCGUUACGAUGCAUAUUUCCAAGAUUUUGGGAAGCACUGUUUUUGUAACCAUGGACGACGCCGCAAAAUCUCAAAGAAUAAUAAUUUUCUUUUUGUGGAAAGGAAUAAUUCAUUUGGUGAGUCCUCAGAAUUCAGGAGUACUGUUAAUCGGUGGCUUUAUCGUUUUAAAACCGGGAGAACGUCACUAGAAGACGAGCGAGCAUCCAAGUAAGAAACUUUACUGCCGUCGAAGAAUUCGGGCAAAUCAGGUACACGACAAGGUUUUGGCAAGUUGGGCGCAGAACAGAACUCGAUAAAAACAAAAACUCAAUGGGUUUGAUACUUGUCGUCAACUGGUACUGUUAGAUCGUUAUGGUGGUGAAUGUUGGCAAUGAAUAAUAACCACUGACGAAAGGUGGAUUCUUAAUUUUUUUAAAUUUUUAGAUGGGCAAAGUUGGACAACUCUGUAGGAGGGGUGAGGGGGUUUCAACAAAAAAUUUUAUACAGAAUAAAAAUAAUAUCGUAAUAUUGUUUUAUUUUUAACAUAAGUACAAUUUAUAAAUAUUAAAAAAUGUAUAAUAUUUUAUUUCCCGACAUAUUUUAUAUUUGAGUGGAUUUGUUUCAGUAGAUUGUGAUUUUUUAAAAUAUUGUAAAAAUCUUUACAAGGAUUUGUCAAAUGGCUUUCAAAGUUUCAACGCUUAAUUUUGAUUUUUCUGAUGUCCAUUCUUGAUUUACUGUAGAAAAAACGCGUUCAGUAGUACAGUUUUUUCCAAAUGUUGAUAUAAUUCUAACGUGGUUUCCACUGUGAUUUUUUCCGAUGUCCAAUAUUUACUUCAAUAUUACACUUCAUUAAAAAGAUCACUUUCGGAGAUGUUACUAUUCGGAAAUUUUUCAAAAAUAUAAUGAAAUGAUUUUUGCACAUCGUCCCAAUGAAGUUUAGGUUUUAAUGUAACCCAAAGAAAAUGGUCAAUAUCAUCACAUUGUCCAAAUAUUAAUAAUAAACUCUUCGAGCUGGUUUAUACUAUCGCAUAUAGUUAACGGUAGAAAAUUAUUUUCUAACCUCUCUUGACAUUGACAUUUUAAAUUAUUAACUUCAUGCGUUACUUAUAUCGCCGACAUUUUGUCAUCUUCAAUUAGUUUUAUAACGUUUUGAAAAAGAGCAGCUUGAUUUUGUAGAAAAUUCUUUAACCAUUUCAACGUGUACAGUGUAUAUAUAGACAUAAGAAUAUAUUUUAACAACAGCAGCUGUUUGAAUAGCGUUAUGUAUAAUAUGCGCUGUAAAUACAACGACCAACACCAAUAAUAUUUUCAUUAAGAUUUUCCGUUAAUUUAUAAAAAAAUAUUAUUUGCACCUCUCCUCGCUUUCCUCCGAAAUUUGUUUUCGUGUUGUCUGUACAAUAUGUAAUAAAUUUUUGUUUUAAUUUUUUUUUCCAAAAUAUCAAUAAUGGAACUGAAAAUUAUUU